CCCGGCCUCCGCCGCACACGACGGGCCUCACCUGGGGCCGGGGCUACUGGAGGAGGCGAGCCGACCGAAGGACCGGGAGAGCAUCCCUGUCCGCCCCGAGAAUCGCCGUCCCUGACAGCCCGCCCGCCGGUGGGUGCGCGCUUUCCUCCGCUCCCCGACACUUUGCAGACGCUCCCCGGCACCGGGCAUGGGCGCCGCUGCAGCGGUCGGUUCCCGGGCCGGAUUCCGCUCGUGGUGCUUCUGAGGCGCCCAGCUGCUGGGGUCCGUGGGAGGCUGAACCAUGAGUGACCGUAACAGCCGGAGGAGGACACUGAAGAAAGACGACGAGGCCUUCGAGAUCUCUAUUCCCUUUGAGGAGACACCCCACCUAGACCCACAGCUCUUUUACAGUCUGAGUCCCUCUCGGGGAAACUUCGAUGAGCCUCCAGAGGCUGCGUCCCCGACCAUGGCCCUGAUGAAUGGUGUCAGGGCCCAGCUGCACAUGGCCCUGGAGAGGAACUCAUGGCUGCAGAAGCGCAUCGAGGACCUGGAGGAGGAGAGGGACUUCCUACGGUGUCAGCUGGACAAGUUCAUCUCCUCUGCGCGCAUGGAUGCUGAGGACCACUGCAGGGUGAAGCCUGGGCCCCGGCGAGCUGAGGGCGAUGGCCGGGGUGGGGCUGCAGGUGAGGCCUCUGACCCUGAGUCUGCUGCCUCCUCGCUCAGCGGGGUGUCUGAAGAAGGCAGUACCAUGGAGAGGAAGAGGCAGAAGCAGAAGGGAGGCGCUGGCAGGAGGCGCUUUGGGAAGCCCAAGGCCCGGGAGAGGCAGCGGGUGAAGGACGCUGACGGUGUCCUCUGCCGCUACAAGAAGAUCCUGGGCACCUUCCAAAAGCUGAAGAGCAUGUCGCGGGCCUUUGAACACCACCGCGUGGACCGCAACACUGUGGCGCUGACCACUCCCAUUGCGGAGCUGCUCAUCGUAGCCCCCGAGAAGCUGGCGGAGGUGGGCGAGUUCGACCCCUCCAAGGAGCGUCUGCUUGAGUACUCCCGCCGCUGCUUCCUGGCCCUGGAUGAUGAGACCCUCAAGAAGGUGCAAGCCCUCAAGAAGAGCAAGUUGCUGCUUCCCAUCACCUACCGCUUCAAGCGGUGAUCCCGCUCCACCUGGCUCCGGACACGCCAUCCAGCCCCCGCUCCGCUUCCCUCCCAUCCCCUGCCUGGCACGCAGAGAGCGUGCGCACGAGUGGGGUGCCCCUCGGCAGGGCUUGGGAGUGGGUAGCGUCCUUCUGUGUGUGCCUCCCCACCCUCCUGCAGACGCCCACUCCCGCCCCAGGCCCCUUGUAUAUACAAUAGAUCUGCUCUCCUUCCAACCCACUUUCCCAGCAUCCUUCCCAUUCCCACGGUUGGGAGGGUCUCACUUAACCAAGUUCCCAGGGACCUGGUAAACACUGGCACCCCUCCUGCCCUCACUGGGCCCUUCGUCCAGGGAAAAGGGCGGGACUCUGAGGGGCGGGCACACUGUACAUACCCCGCCUCUGCCCCCAGCCCCGAGGACACGCACUCUGGACCUUCCCCAACUCCAUAUGAGACAGAGAAUUAUUCAGAGAAUUUAAAUUAAAAAAGAUGAUAA